GAGUCGCAAUCCACCCCUCCAUUAAAAACAAAAUCCGCGAGGCAAUUUUGCCCGCAGCAAUCACCCUGGCGUCUCUCAAUCCCUCGAACGUCUUUCUCGAAUCUUUGCGUUUGCUUGGCCAGACCCUUUCUUCGUCUACUUACGCUGUGUAACCAUGCCAGAUCCAACGGAUGGCAACGACCGUGCCGGCGCGUGCGGCGUCGAGACUGAACCCACUGCGGUUAGCGAGGAGCCGCGUUCGGUUAGCCUGCAUGGAAACAACAGCUCGUUGAGUGUGCCUUCGCAAAUUUCUGAGCCCUCGGUGGACGACAGUAGCUCCUGGGAGAACGAUUCGGCCGUUGAUGGCAUGAGCACUUUCUCAUCCACAGCCUCAUUGCGGUCAAGCAUCUACGAGCAUAUUGAAGAGAAUGGAAGGACCUACCACCGGUAUAAGGAAGGAAAAUAUCCUCUGCCAAAUGAUCCGCAAGAACAGGAAAGACUGGAUCUCCAGCAUGCCCUGAUGGGCGUUACAUUGGGAGGAAGGCUGCAUCUAGCACCGCUACCUGAGGACUUCAAGGGUGAAGUCCUUGACAUAGCAACAGGGACUGGAAUCUGGGCCAUCGAAUUUGCAAAUCUUUAUCGUAACAGCAAUAUCCUUGGCACCGAUCUCUCGGCCAUUCAACCAACCUACCUUCCGCCCAAUUGCAGUUUCAUCAUUGACGACGCCGAGGACCCCUGGGUAUUUCCUCACAAGUUCGAUUACAUCCAUGGCCGCGCCUUGCUGUCCUGCUUCAAGGACCCACGUGAGGUUCUGAAAAGCGCGUACGACUACCUCAACCCAGGAGGCAUCCUCGAGCUCCAGGACGGGUUUUUCCCAUUCAAAUACGUAGGCCCAGAGCCUGUAGAAUCGAAUUUGUACAAAUGGUCUGAGAUCGUCACGGAGGGUGCCGCCAAGUCCGGCCGUCCAUGGACGAACGCGCAGUACUACAAGCAGUGGAUGGAGGAGCUCGGAUUCGAGGACGUGGUCGAGAAACGCUUUUACUGGCCUACCUCCGCAUGGGCCAAGGGCCGUUACUUUAAAGAGGUGUCCAUGUACUGGCAGGAGGACCUUCUUCAAGGCCUCGAGGGCAUUAGCUUGAAAGUGAUGAUGCUGAUGGGCUGGAAGGUGGAUGACAUCCGUGAGUUCCUGGAAAAAGUGAAGGACGACAUCAAGGACAGAAAUAUACACGCAUACUUAUCGAUUGUUGUCGUGUACGGGAGGAAACCACAGACCGCGACGAAUUAAAUGCCAGGAUACUUGUUCACUUGCUCGCUUCCGGAUAAUGAAUCGCUGGCAAUAUGUUGCACCUCCGCUAAGCGCGCACCCGGCUCCUCAAAAGACCGGUCAAGUCCAGAGCAUCCAGUGCACAAACUGCGCAAAUAGACUAGUUGAAAGCUACGGGGCGGCAGUGAAUCGAACGAAUUGGUUUUGAGAUUUUUAUUUUUCCCCCUACCCCUCAUACUCGCACACGCAUAGACUUUUGUAUAGUGCUACACACCCAGCUCGUAACCAAACUUAACAACUGCAGAUGCAGGUUCGUUUGGUCUGCACAAGCUUCCUCAGAAACAUAGUCCUCAGAUCACAUUUCAUCAUCACAAAAGUACUUUCAAAAAAUACUGCCUGUCUUCAACUAGAAACAAUUACCUUCACUUCCAUCACGUACCAAA